GUAAGAGUUGAAACACGAAGGGGCCAAAGCCAAUGAAAACAUAUAUACUUCCUAGUUCCUACAAAAUAAUAACGGUCAACGACCGCGUCCACUGUUUGUAUAAUGACCAAAAUAGUAUCCCAAAUCCCUACCGUUUCCUGCUUCUGAUUUUUAUUUGUUAUGUUCCCACACUAAUUCUUCUAUUUUACAUAACUUUUUGGUUCCAAGUCAAAGUAAAGGCUUUCAUGGGUUUUUAUCUGUGUUUCAUUUUAGUGUCCUAUUUUUUCCUCAACACUUCUGCAAAUGAAGUCCAAGCUUUAUAUGCUUUCAAAAUCAAUUUGGCUGACCCUGAUGGGAUGUUGGACAACUGGGAUACUGCCCUUGUCAGUCCUUGCUCAUGGCACUAUGUUAUUUGUAAAGAUGAAAGUGUCGUCGAACUUGGCCUUGGAAAUUUGAAGCUAUCUGGUUCACUUGCUCCUGAACUUGGCCAGCUCCCAAAUCUCCGAGGAUUGGCACUCUACAACAACAGUAUAACUGGUAUAAUACCUCCUGAACUCGGGAAUUUGGUUAACUUAGAACGUUUGGAUCUCAGUUUUAACAAUCUUACCGGUCCUAUUCCUUAUAUGUUGGGCAAUCUCCUUAAACUUCGAAACUUAAAGUUGAAUUACAAUAAACUGUCCGGAAAUAUACCUAUGUCAUUGACUGUCAUACCAAGUUUGACUAACCUUGAUUUGUCUUUCAACCAGCUAAACGGAGAUGUUCCUGUCAACGGAUCUUUCGCAAAGCUCUCAAAUUCAAGUUUUGCUGGCAAUCCAAAUUUGAGGAUGCCUCUUACGAGUCCAUCUCGGAUCCCAUCAGGAAAAAGUAAUCCAAUUGGAGCUAUCGUUGGAGGGAUUGCUGCCGGUGUCAUUCUUCUCUUCGCCAUUCUGGUAGGUACCCUUGUUUGGAGGCAGAGGCAAAAUAGAAAACGCAAAGAAAAUUUCAUCGAUAUUCCUGAUGAAGAACACCCGGAACUUUGUCAGGGACAACUGAAAAGAUACACUUUCAAAGAAUUACAAAUUGCAACUGAUAAUUUUAGCAACAAAAACUUCAUUGGUCGAGGUGGAUUUGCUAACGUUUAUAAGGGACGUUUGGCUGACGGUACCAUUGUAGCAAUCAAAAGACUUAAAGAAGAAGCUGCACAAGGUGGAGAAAUCCAGUUUCAAACCGAGGUUGAAAUGAUUAGCCUUGCUAUACACCGCAAUUUGAUUCGCUUGUACGGUUUUUGCACCACGCCUGUGGAGAGAUUGCUCGUCUAUCCUUUGAUGCCUAAUGGAAGUGUAACAUCAUGUUUGAGAGAACGCCUAACAUCACAACCACCGCUUAGUUGGGAAGUGAGGAAGAGGAUUGCAUUGGGAGUUGCUAGAGGACUUGCUUAUUUGCACGAACAUUGUGACCCGAAAAUCAUCCAUCGUGAUGUGAAGACCGAUAACAUAUUCUUAGAUGAGGAGUACGAAGCAGUUGUUGGAGACUUCGGUUUAGCAAAAAUUAUGGACUACAAACAUACUCAUGUUAUAACAAAAGUAUGUGGCACAGUUGGCCAUAUUGCACCUGAGUAUUUCUCGACUGGAAAAUCUUCGGAGAAAACUGAUGUUUUCGGGUAUGGAGCGAUGCUUCUAGAGCUAAUCACAGGUCAAAAGGCGUCUCAUCUUCUUCCACCCGAUAAUGAACAGGAUGUAACAUGGUUGGAAUGGGUGAAAGGAGUUUUGGACGAAAAGAAAUUGGAGGAAUUAGUUGAUCCCGAAAUGCAAGACAAUUACAUUGAGGAAGAAGUUGAACAAUUGAUUCAAAUUGCACUACUUUGUAGGCAAACUUGUCCGAUGGCACGUCCAAAGAUGUCCGAAGUUGUAAGGAUGCUUGAAGGCGAUGGUUUUGCUGAGCGAUGGGCGAAAUGGCAAGAGGAGGAGAUGUUAGCUCAAAAAAUAAAACGCAUUCAUCACUCUAACGUGAUCCAGGUUCUCGAUUCGACUUCUAAUCUAUCCCCUAUUGUAUUGUCUAGUGCCAGAUGAUACUACUUUUUAUUGGUUCAUAUCUUUGAAUGUAUCUAAAUGCCCUUUUUGUUUUGGUAUUGUUUAUAUACACGGUGCACAUAAUAGUAUUUUUUAAAACUCAUUUGGAGUAAAAACUCCUUUUGUCCCUUUUGUUCUUGGCACUAGACCUUAGCGUUAAAUUCAUUAUUUAUGGGAGCUAACAUCGCUAAAUGCUGAUAGUGAUUUCAUAUUCUAUCUUUUUAUUUUAUCUACAACUCACUUUAUCUAUUUAUUAGAUAUUCCUCUUUGCAUGUUUUAUCUUUUUUUCCGUCUUUCAUUAUAUAAUGAAUUUAAUAAUAAAAAUAUUGUAAUAUUAAUAAAAGUAUAAUGUAUGAUUACUUGUAUGAAAGGGGAACACGUUUAUG